AUCCAUGUGACCCGCCUAUCGGGAUCAUCAUCGGCGCUACACACCCAUGACUGACUGCUGCCACACCAAAGAUCACAUCAACCGGCUUGCACUCGCUGUAAAUACAGACGGAAGUGAAGUUUGAGGGAUCCGGUCCGAUUCUGAUGGCAUUAUUCGGGAUGUGGAAGCUGCAGUAACAGGAGAGACAGACAGAGAGACCAGGGAAGAGGAAUCUUACCCUUCCCAAGAGUCCGUGUGUCUCUGGAUUACCUUUAGCUGAACGAGCAGACACAAAGGUGCACACAGGGCGGUACAUGGUCGUCUCUCGAACACAAUCCCACCCUGACCCUUCACUUCAGUGACCUUCAGCACCUCCCUGACCCGACCCGACCCAUCCUAUAAACCUCACGAAUCUCCUCUCAGUCCAAACCCAUAGCAACCCUCACCAUGGCAGCAGCCAAGCCCAAAGGACAGAACUCGCUGGCGCUUCACAAGGUGAUCAUGGUUGGGAGCGGCGGUGUGGGAAAGUCUGCUUUAACUUUGCAGUUCAUGUACGAUGAGUUUGUGGAAGACUAUGAGCCCACGAAAGCUGACAGCUACAGGAAGAAGGUGGUUCUGGAUGGGGAGGAAGUGCAGAUAGAUAUUCUGGACACAGCCGGUCAGGAGGACUAUGCGGCUAUCCGGGAUAACUACUUCCGCAGCGGGGAGGGGUUCCUCUGUGUCUUCUCCAUCACUGAAUUAGAAUCGUUUGCAGCGACUGCUGAUUUCAGAGAGCAGAUUCUGCGGGUGAAGGAAGACGAGAACGUCCCCUUCCUGUUGGUGGGAAAUAAGUCGGAUCUGGAGGACCGGAGACAGGUUAGCGCCGACGAGGCCAAAGCCAGAGCAGAUCAGUGGGGCGUGUGCUACGUGGAGACGUCUGCUAAGACCCGUGCCAACGUAGACAAGGUUUUCUUUGACCUCAUGAGGGAAAUUCGUGCUAGGAAGAUGGAGGACAGCAAGGAAAAGAACGGAAAGAAGAAGAGGAAAAGUCUGGCCAAACGAAUCCGCGAAAGAUGUUGCAUUUUAUAGUCUCUGUGUUCACUUACUCUUCCUCUUUUGCAUAUAUGUACCUGUAUGUUCUGUAUUUUUGCCCUGUUGAUAACUAAUCCUCAUCUGCAAUGUUUCCUGGUGAUUGUGUGUCAGAUGUGGGGUUGUUGCUUAGAUAAAGGACCAGGACAGUCUGA